AUGGACUCGAUACACAUGGGUUCCCUAGGGCAAAAGCUACCCUUCUCCAAGAAGAAGCUUCCGAAGAAGGUCAUAUUCUCAUACAUCCUCGACUAUGUGAUUAUCGUAGUCCUCAUUGUAGUUUUCACAAUAAUAGACAAAAUACCCGGGUUCAUGCAGCCCUUCGCCCUACAGAACUACACCCUCCAGUAUCCUUACGCCGUACAUGAGCGGGUCUCAGUACUCGCACUCUGCGUCCUCGUUGUCUUCGUCCCGGCCGUUAUAAUCGCCCUCUAUACUAUGGUCAUCGACGGUCUUUUCUCGCACCAGCCGCCGUCGGCGCCGACGGGCAAGAGACGAAUAUUGACGGGCAGAUACCGGAUGAAGGACAGGCUAUGGGAAUUGAACUGCGGCAUACUGGGAUUAGCGCUGUCUGUAGGAGCGGCGUUCACAAUCACGGGGGCGCUGAAGAAUGCAAUCGGCAAACCGAGGCCAGAUUUGAUAUCAAGGUGUAACCCGCGACCUGGCGCAUUGGAUCCCGUACCAUUCGGGUUAUCGAAUUACACAAUUUGUCUAACACCUUUGGACACUUAUGCGAUGAAGGAUGGCUUCAGGAGUUUCCCAUCAGGUCACUCCAGCGUCUCCUUUGCUGGACUAUUCUAUCUUUCGAUAUACCUAGCCGCAAAGCUCCACGUUCUGGACUCCAAGGGCGAGGUGUGGAAGACCUUCAUCAUCCUCGUACCUACGCUGGCCGCCGCGCUAAUUUCCGGCACGCGUAUCAUGGACGCGCGACACCACCCAUUUGAUGUCCUCUCAGGGGCCGCAUUGGGCAUGCUCGUCGCAUGGGGCUCGUACCGGCAAUACUUCCCUCCAGUCUCCGAGGCCUGGCGCAAAGGUCGUGCGUACCCGAUCCGUAGCUGGGGACGUGAGCCACAGCCGCCGAAUGUCGUCGAGCGGACGGACGAGGGCAUCGAGCCGCUACGCCCGAUCAAGCCACGACCAGAUGAGGAAGCUGCCGGAACCGACUAUGGCUCCACAACGGCAGUGGGGAGCGAAGAGAACGGCGGCAAUGUAUUCAGACAGCAGAUACACGAGUCGCAGCGGCGCAGGCAGGAAGCACACCGUGCGCCGCCCUCGUCCACGUACACGGUCGACCCAACAGACCGCGCGCCUUCCUCGACGUACACAGCAACCCUCCCAGCUACAAAUCCCUAUGCACUAUCAUCAGGCAGCCGCCGACAACGCCGCGACGAGCACUAUGGUUACUCCUCUUCGGAGGAAGAAUCCGAGCUAGAGGAGCUGGAGUUGCAGCCGCAGUACACCCUCUCGAACCCAUCUGGCCGAGACGUGUACGAUCCAUACAGCAAUGGUCAGACAGACACGUCGUAUCACCCUUCACGCAUGACGAGUGUAAGGGCACCAGGAGCGAAUGUCCCGACCGUGCCCGAGGGGUUGGAACAGGACACCACGUCUGUAAGGACACCGCCACCGCCUGAGCCGCCGACGCAUGGUGGUGAGAAUGAUGGACUGAGGAGGUUGGAUUUGGUGGAGACUUAUGCGAGAUGA